AGGAAGAAGAAGAAGAAGAAGAAGGGUGAAAAUGGCGAAACCGUUGGGAACUACGGGAGAGUUUUUCAGGAGAAGGGAUGAGUGGAGGAAGCACCCGAUGCUUUCCAAUCAGAUGAGACACGCGCUCCCUGGUCUCGGGAUCGGCGUUGGAGCCUUCUGCGUUUACCUCGUGGGUGAGCAGAUCUAUAGCAAACUCAUGGCUCCUUCUCCAUCGUCUCACCAGAAACAACCAGCCCCGUCUCACUGAGUGAUUGUUUCGAUCAUGAUGAAACCGCAGCAGAUAAAGAGCUGAGGGAUUCAAAAUUUGCCAUUUUUCUUGGUUUAUCUCAAUAAGAUGUUGAUGAAAGACAAAACUUGUAUGACAUUCUGCUAUGUGAUCUUGUUAUGUGUUGUCGUUUUGAUUAAUAAGAGUUCUAAAUCAAAUCUAUACUAUAUAAAAGUUGAG